AUGUCGGCCCCUAGAUCAGUCCGUUGCUUGCGCCAGGCAGUCCGCAGCCUUUCGACUCGUCCUGUAGCUCCCAGAUAUCUACCCAGACAAGCUCUCUGCGCAUCACAAGUCGCCCCUCGCUGCUUCGCCAGCUCCUCGCGUACCUUCAAGGGCAUCCUGCCUGACACCGACGAGCCCACACUCAAGGAGAGUGAACCUCUGCAUGAGAUCAACGACCCUACACCCAUUCCCGUUGAAGAAUACCACGAGAGAGCAGACCACUACCUCGAGGAACUCGUCUCCAGAGCCGAGGAGCUUGCAGAGGAGAAGGAAGGUGUCGACGUCGAGUUUUCGGCUGGUGUCCUCUCCAUCACUUACCCUCCCAACGGCACCUACGUUGUCAACAAGCAACCCCCAACCAAGCAAAUCUGGCUGAGCUCCCCCAUCAGCGGUCCCAAGAGAUUCGACUGGGUCGUCUUGGGCGAGUCGCAGCAACAGAAGGAGGGUGCUGCAUCAGGCGACUGGAUCUAUCUAAGAGAUAAGACCAGCCUGACCACUUUGUUGAGAAAGGAGCUGGGCAUAACCGUCGGCGAAGAGUCGACUCGUCCUUAG